AUGUGGCAGGCUCGUGACGCCCUUGUUGGAAGUCUAACAUAACAAUUAAUUGAAAGUGCAGGUUGGUGCUCCAGAAAAAUCGAGACUCCUGGCUACGUGGUUGGGUGUAUGAGACGUCUUGGUUGUCACCUUCAUAUGAGAGCCCGCAAGGAGCAUUGGCAUACAUUAUUCUCUAUUGGUGUUUUUAAGAGAAAGAAGAAAUGGCUUUGUUGAGAAAAAUUAACCGCAUUCUGAUGCUGCUCCUCAUCUUGAUGGUGUGUAUCAUUCUCUACAGCAAAGUCCACAAAAAAGAACCCAGAAAGAACGAAACACAAGCAAGCUUUAAUCCAGUGUAUGAGCGAGGUAGUCGUGAUGAGGCUGGUGAGGACGACAUCCCAGUGGUGAUCUGUGCAGCUGAGGGACGGAUGGGCGGCACUAUUGCAGCCAUCAACAGCCUCUACAGCAACACUGGGGCUAACGUUCUCUUCUACAUAGUGACCCUGAGAAACUCGCUGCAGCAUGUUAGAAAAUGGAUUGAGAAUUCAGACCUAAAGGAGAUCAAGUUUAAAAUCAUUGAAUUUAACCCACUUGUGCUGAGAGGGAAGGUGAGACCAGAUUCCUCAAGACCAGAACUUCUACAGCCACUGAACUUUGUCCGCUUCUAUCUCCCACUUCUUAUUCACAAUCAUGAAAAAGUGAUCUAUAUGGAUGAUGACAUCAUCAUACAAGGUGAUAUCCAGGACCUGUAUAAUACAAACUUGAAGCCAGGUCAUGCUGCAGCUUUUGCAGCAGACUGCGACCUUCCUUCCACUCACGAAAUGGUCCGAAGCGUUGGAAUGCAGACCACAUAUAUGGGGUUCUUGGACUACAGAAAGCAAGCAGUAAGGGAUCUUGGCAUCAACCCCAGCACAUGUUCCUUCAAUCCAGGGGUGUUUAUGGCCAAUAUUACUGAAUGGAAGCACCAGAGAAUCACCAUACAGCUGGAAAAGUUGAUGAAACAGAAUGUCCAGGAGAAUCUGUACAGCAGCGCAAUGGCAGGUGGGGUGGCCACUCCCCCAAUGCUGAUUGUCUUCCAUGAGAAAUACUCCAACAUUAAUCCAAUGUGGCACAUCCGGCAUCUGGGCUGGAGUCCAGACACUCGGUACUCAGAGCAGUUUCUUCAGGAGGCCCAGCUGCUGCACUGGAAUGGCCGAUUCAAGCCCUGGGAUUACCCAUGUGCCCACAUUGAGCUCUGGGAAAGAUGGUACAUCCCAGACCCCACAGGGACAUUUGUGCUGAUCAGGCCCAACAGCUGAAGAGACAAAACUGAUUUUCCUCCAAAGCAGCAUGCAAGCGCAGAAAAGUCUGGUACAGGGAUUAUCCCAGCUCAUCUUGAUGUAAAUGUACAUUUCUUUGCAUAUUUUCUAGUCUUGGUUCUACAUAUCAAAUGGAAACCAACCUUAACACUACAACGCAUUGACUUCUAUGUGC